CCGCUGGCAGGCCGCUCGCGCGACGGUAACGUAGUCCUCUACUCACAUCUUAUCGGCACGGAUAUUAGCACGUUCAACUGUUCGGUCGGCCUCAAAGACAUGCUGAUGAUCAUAGAUCUGUGGCAGUACGAGGAAGGGACUUGGCCUGCGUUGGAGUUAGUACUCAAUUUCGCGAAUUAUACAUUUGGCCACAUUACCAAAAUAGAUCUACGUAAUAUUCAACUUAUGACGUUUUAUCUUCAGGAAGCCAUACCAUUGAAAUUAAAACGGAUACAUAUAUUAAACGCAUCAUCAACUAUCGACAGGUUGGUCUCUCUAACGAAACCGUUUCUCAAGAGUGAGUUGCUGAAGUGUUUACAUAUAUACAGUGAUGGUAUUGCAGCUCUUCAUAAUCACAUACCUGCUCAACAUUUCCCGAAAGAUGUCGGUGGAGAAUACAAAACUCUUAACGAAUGCAAAGAUGUCAUUUUGAAGAAGCUGAGAGAAAAUGCCGCGUUCUUCGCGGCAGAGAGCAAAAAGCGCGUGUCGGAGGAGCUGCGGCAGAACGAGCAGCGCUGGGACCGAGCGUACGAGCAUCUUGUAUAUGGCUCCUUCAAGAAACUCGACAUCGACUGACACAUUGCUCCAUACAGAAAUAUAUUAUUUACUCGGUA